CGCCGGGUGAGGAGGAGUAGCGGUCGGAGAGUUCACUUUGCCUUUGUGGGAGUGUUGUACUACAUUACGCGAACCACUGAAAGACAAGUUGUAAGCAAAGUUAAGGAUUUCAAUUCGGCUGCCGUUGACAACAUUCGAGGAUAUCCGUGCGGAUAUCAAACUUUUUUCCCCGCUUGGUUGCGCGGUACUUUACUUUCCUUGUAUGAAGCGACUCUAGUGUGACUCGACUGGCCCUAAAAGAAUCCAUAUCUGGUCAAAGUAUUCAACUGUCACAAAGCGGGACCCGUUCGCUAUAAAUAGCCCGGAUAAGCAGUGGAGGAGACUUCCUUUUGAAAGCAUCGCUGGGCACUUAGCUGCCUUUUUCUUUACGUUAUUUGGGGAGUCGCUGGGAUUCUAUCACGCCGCCAUGUCCACCUCCUAUAAGAAGGAAGUAGUGAACUACAGGGACGUGGACGAGGAUGAACUACUGAAGAAACUCUCAGAGGAAGAGCUACAGAGGCUGGAGGAUGAGCUGGAGGAGUUAGAUCCCGACAAUGCCCUGUUGCCGGCCGGGAUGAGGCAGAAGGAUCAGACCAAGAAGGCGCCGACUGGAACCUUCCAGAGAGAGAACCUGGUAGCCCACCUGGAGAAGCAGGCCAAGGAACACCCUGACAAGGAGGACCUGGUUCCGUUCACUGGAGAGAAGAGAGGUAAAGUCUUUAUACCUAAGAAGGUGGUGGACCCCAUCAUGGAGAACGUAACUCUGGAGCCAGAGCUAGAGGAGGCACUGGCCAACGCCAGCGACGCUGAGAUCUGCGACAUUGCCGCCAUUUUGGGAAUGCACACUCUGAUGAGUAACCAGCAGUACUACGAGGCUUUGGCCAGCAGCAAUAUAGUCAACAAACAAGGCCUUAACAGCGUUAUCCAGUGUACUCAGUAUAAGCCUGUGCCUGAUGAGCAGCCCAACUCUACUGAUGUGGAGGAGACGCUGCUGAGGAUGCAGAGGAACGACCCUGACCUGCUGGAGGUCAACCUUAACAACAUCAAGAACAUUCCAGUGAAGACGCUGAAGGCCUAUGCAGACGCCCUGACGGAGAACACUGCAGUGGAACGCUUCAGCCUUGUGGGAACCAGGAGUAAUGAUCCCGUAGCCUUUGCUCUGGCAGAGAUGCUGAAGGGGAACACCACACUGAAGAGUCUGAACAUAGAAUCCAACUUCAUCACAGGGACGGGUAUCAUGGCUCUCAUCGCCUCACUGCAGUCCAACACAACCCUGCAGGAACUCAAGAUCGACAACCAGAGCCAGCCGCUAGGUAACAAGGUAGAGAUGGAGAUAGCCAGCAUGCUGGAGAAGAACACCACGUUGUUGAAGUUUGGCUACCACUUUACCCAGCAGGGCCCCAGGCUGAGGGGCUCCAACGCCAUGAUGAACAACAACGACCUGGCUCGGGUAAUCCGAUCCGAUCAUCACUCGGACGGUUCCUUUACUCUCACUCUGUCCGUGCCGGAACUGGAGAGGGCAUUUGGUAAAAAGUUCAAGCCGAAACUCACCAAGCCCAAGACCAAGAAAUAAGAAAGAGAAGGCUUGAAGGCGGUCCCAUCUUCCCCAAGUGUCGGACAAGCGUGUAGCGCCGGCAGGCGCUGCCCGGCCCCGCCCAGCCCCGUAUUCAGCCAGACGCCCUCCGACAGAUAUCCCAUCAACCCCUGCUUUCCCCAACCCUAACCUCGACCCCUCCGCGAUGACCGAAAUCGUUCCAAUUCGAAUGUCAGGGCCGUUGGCAAACCUUGUUCCUACUGUGGCAUGGAGUUGAUCUACUAUUGUACUAUUGUUUCUCUCACAGUUUUCUACUGAUAUUGGUUUAGAUAUCUUCGGUAAUUAUAUUAUCUGGUAAUUGUGACAUAGAGAAGCAGCCCACCUAUUCAGAAAGUAUUUAUUUUGUUGUUAGUUUGUUUACUGGAGAUGAACUUGUGGUGGUGGAAGAUUAAAUGGUGUUACAACCAUAAUGUAUAUUGUACCACGUGCAACAGGUAGCCUAGUGGUUAAGAGCGUUGGGCCAGUAACCGAAAGGUCGCUGGUUCAAAUCCCCGAGCCGACUAGGUGGGGGGAAAUCUGCCAAUUUGCCCUUGAGCAAGGCACUUCACCCUAAUUUCUCCAGUAAGUCACUCUGGAUAAGAGUGUCUUCUAAAUGACUCAAAUGUAAAUGACUUAACUUGGUUAUGACGUUAGUACCACAUUAUGUAUUUCAGCAUUUCGCAACCACUUAACGUAAUGUUUUUCAGUGUGAGGUUCAUAUAAGAUACGUUUUUAGUCUGCAACUCACACUGUCUGUAAGCAAAGGCACAUAACGGUUACAUAGAAGCUAUGUUCAGAGGAAUUGUUGCAGUUUUAAAAACACUUUGGGGUGUAAAGUUGUUUGUUUGUCCAAGUUUACCCCAUGGAGACAGCCACUAGAAGCUGGUCCUAGAUCAGUUUGUCCGCUAUUGUGUAAAUUCUGUAGUAUUACUGAUCUCAAGUCAGUUUAAGUCUUCUCAGUCAAACCUUACACAGAGAGAGGUUGCUACUAAACGUUGGUUCUAGAUCAGUUUUGUGACGAAUUCGAUAUCUGCUACGAUCCUUUAUUGAUGUCACAUGUUAAAUCCACUUCAGAUCAGUGUAGAUGAAGGGGUGGAGACAGGUUAAGUAAGGAUUUUGAAGCCUUGAGACAAUUGAGACGUGGAUUGUGUAUGUGUACCAUUCAGAGGGUGAAUGGGCAAGACAACAGAUUUAAGUGCCUUUGAACGGGGUAUGGUAGUAGGUGCCAGGUGCACCGGUUUGAGUGUGCUCCUAAUAUUUUGUACACUCAGUGUAUAUUAAAAGUUUGUUCACAAGUGUAUUGGUCACUGAUGGAGAAACUGAUCUAGGACCAUCUCUUAGUGGCUGUCUCUAUGAGGGUGGGUUGACUGAAUCAGUACUUACACCCGGCAGAUGUGAUGACUUGUCAUCACGGCAAGUUAGGAUCGAUUAUGUUAAAGUAUUACUUGAGUUACACAGUAAAGGGAGUUGCAGCAUUCCCCCCUCCCCUUUUUUCAGUUACACUGGUAGAAAUGCUCUUAGUUGAAUGUGUCUGCAACCCAAAAAGUGUGCAAACUAAGAAUUCACUGUCAUCACUGUAGCCUAUCAAAGCCCAAGAAAAAGCAUGAAGACAAACGACUUUUCCUGCCUGUUGUAAGGUCCUAUGAGAUGAUUCCUUAAUGAACACUCCUUCGGGUAUUGUUGCUAUGUGGCCGGGUAUCAGGGGUGUCAAGGGAGCACUGAUGACGAAAUUCAAUAUCCUAUCAUUAAAUCCAUGUAAAAUAAACAAUAUAUAUUAUAUUGGAUGAAGGAUGGAUGAGGGGGAUUACGUGCCCCCUCAGAUUCAAAGAGCAUGACACUCCUGAUUAGGUAUAUUACUGUAUGGUCAAAAGGGACAACUAUGGUGUGUACAAAAACCCAUCCCCGUAUGAACUACUGCUGAAUAUGACUGUGUUCUCCUUGCCCUAGCCUGGCUGUUGUUUCUUCUCUACAGUAUUUGCUUGAGUAUUGAGUAUGUUUUUGUUAGAUAGUUCACAUUUAUUGUUGUUUUUUUGUUCAUGGAUAAAUCGGGUUUGAAAGUAU